AUGAAACAUUCAGAAACUGAUGAUAAGUUGGAUAAUGCUUUCUCUGGAACGAUGACCUAUUUUAGUGCAAAGUAUGAUGAAUGGAUAAUGGAUUCAGGUGCAUCUGAUCACAUGACAGGAAUCCUAGACUUGCUGACAAAUGUGAGAAAAGCACCAUCAAAUCUCACAAUCAACUUGCCAACUGGUGCAAGGGAAAUGAUAACUCACUAUUGUGACAUCACUCUAUCAAAUGGUCUUGAGAUGAUGAAUGUGUUGUAUGUCCCUCAAUUUAAACACAACUUGGUGUCCAUUCAUAAGUUGUAUAAAGACAAUCUUUGUGAUGUAAUGUUCUCACCUAGGACAUGUACAGUUGUAGAUUCCUUGACAAAGGAACUCAGAGGAAAAGGUGAAAUGAAGCAUGGUCUAUACUAUUUAAAAGGACCAGAGGAAGAAACAAGAAGGAUAGUUGGAAAUGCAAGCUCUGGAACUGACUUGUAUGAUCUUUGGCAUCAUAGAUUGGGUCAUGCACCUAAGUCGAAACUCAGAUAUAUCCCUUGUGUACAACCAUAUGUGAAAGACAAAACUCAUACAUGCAUAACUUGUCCUAUGUCUAAGUUCACCAAGCUACUUUUUUCUCUGAGUGACUCACAUGCUGCUCAACCAUUUGAGUUAAUACAUAUUGAUCUCUGGGGCCCUACAGAACUUCCCACACCAGUUUUGCAGAAUAAAACUCCUUAUGAAGCUCUGAACAACUCUCCUCCAAACUAUGAUCACUUGAUAGUCUUGGGUUGUUUAAGCAUUGCCACAAAUCCAGACCAAACUGGUGACAAAUUUGAAGCAAGGGGUGUACCUUGUGUCUUUCUAGGGUAUCUUCCACACCCAAACACAAGCCCAAACACAAACCCAAACACAGAGCCCGUCACACAAACACAUCAGCCAAAUGAACCAGUGUUUCCACCACCUUUAAGAAGGUCUAUAAGACCAACAAAACCACCUACUUGGAUGGAACACUAUGUGAAUCCAUCUGUAAGACCCUCUGCUAAUGUGUUAACUGUGACUCAAUUUCCCUUGGAUAAACAAUUAAGUUGUUUCUUGUCCACAAUGAUAAGAACAACUGAUCCUGUGCAUUUCAAACAUGUAGUUGCUCAGAGACACUGGGUAGAUGCAAUGAAUACAGAACUGGAGGCUCUAGAACUGAAUGGCACUUGGGAAAUAACAACCUUUCCUCCUGGAAAACAUGUUAUUGGAUGCAAAUGGUUGUACAAAACAAAGCGCAAGAAGGAUGGUACCAUUUAG